GCGGGGGGCGCCCUGCGAGCCCGGCCCGCCACCGACCCGCCCCGGUGGGCCCCCUCGAGCGCCCCCGCGGGCGCCACCUCGAGGGCAGCAAUCGGGCAGCGAGCGCGUCCGCCCGGCGCCCGGCGCGGCGGAGCGGACGCCGAGGCCCGGCGGCCCUGGGCAUGAGCAGGCGUGCCGCGGCUCUGCCGCCGCCGCCCCCGAGCCUGUUCUGGGGCCGCUAUCGCCUGGGGCGGAAGCUGGGCACCGGCUCGUUCGGGGAGGCCUUCCUGGUCGUCCACGUGCGCACCGGCGAGGAGCGUGCUGUGAAGCUCGAGCGCGUAGAGUCCGAGCACCCCAUGCUGAUGUACGAGGCCAGGCUCCUCAGGCGUCUGCAGGGGAUCCCCGGCGUGGCAAACGUGCACUUCUGCGGCGUGGUGGGGGAGUACAAUGUCAUGGUGAUGGACCUCCUUGGGCCGUCUCUGCAAGACCUGUUCCGAAAAUGCGGGGGCAAGUUCAGCCUGAAGACCGUUCUCAUGAUCGCUGACCAGAUGCUCUACAGAGUCGAACAUCUCCACUCAAAGGGCUUCAUCCACGGGGACAUCAAGCCCUCCAACUUCCUGAUCGGUCAUGCGGAACGCUCCGGCGAGUUGCACAUGAUCGAUUUCGGCCUCGCUACGCCGUACCGUGACCUAAAAUCGCACCAGCAUAUACCGCACAGCGAGGGCAAGGGUAUGUCGGGCACUGCUCGAUUCUGCUCCAUCAACGCGCACAGGGGCCUUGCGCAGAGCCGCCGUGACGACCUCGAGGCCGUCGGCUACUUGCUCAUCUACUUCAUGCGCGGGGAGCUUCCGUGGCAAAGUGUCGAGGGUGGUACGAGAGAGGACACGAACAACAAGAUCAUGGAGUGCAAGAGGUCCACGCCCAUCGAGACGCUCUGCGACGGCUGCCCGGCAGUCUUCGCCACGUACCUGAGCCAUUGUCAGUGUCUCUGGUUCGACGCCAGGCCGGACUACGCGUUCCUGCGGCGACUCUUCAAGGACCUCUUCUUGCGCGAGGGCUUCCAGAGGGACGGCCUCUUCGACUGGUCGUGGCCGGAUGAGCAGAGCCCCAGCUCCUCCCCUCCGGUGGCGGCCGCCGAGGAGUGUGCGCAUGGCGACGCCGCAGGAGCUGGCGACGUUGCCAAGCCUGCUCUUGGGCAGGCCAAGCUCAGGCAGGGCAUAGUGAGAUCGCUGCUCAGGCGCUUGUCGAAGCGCCGGUGCGUCGCGUGAGCAGACAUGCCGUGCAACUCAGUAGGUACCGCGCCCACACGUGCCGCGCACGCGCUGCACAUCGUUCGCUGAACGUGCCUGAGCUGCGGGUCCUCCUCUUCUUCCUCCUCCUCCUCCACCUCCUUCCCCCCUCCAACUUACGGUGGUGGUGGUGGUGGAAAACGGGCCCAUCAGCUCUCACGCGCCCGUCGGAGCGACGGCGCGACGCGUGAGCGGGUGUUGCGGCGGGCGGCCUGCGCGCCAGGAGGGCGCGAUCGUCUCUGCCCUGUGUUGCCCUCACCGUUCCCCCGCUUCGCGAAGAGUGCGUGCCGGUCUUUCUUUAUUCCCAGUGUCUUGGUCAAGAGGCAUUAUGGGACGCAGCGUUUUCUGCAGAGUAGAUCUCCGCAGGCAGUACUGCACGCGGGGCGAGCGCCGAAUGUUCCAUCGGUGGAGCAUGCAGCUUGUGCAGUGGAUUUGGAUGGAUGGCACUGCCUCUGUCGUCCCAAUGCUGUGGCAACGGGGCGGACGUGGCAUACCGAAAGGUCGCCCCUGUCCUGGAUUCCAGCCUCCUGCAAAUACGGUGGGAAGCGCAUACCAGCUUUGUAGUCAGUGGCGUACGUACCAUCACCAAGCUCCAUCAAGCUCCAUCGAGCUCCAUCGACAACAUACUUGCACGUCUGCCCGCGCAGGGCAGCUUUGGCUUUUUUCGGACCCAUACGCUAGGUUGAAGUGGCACCUCGCUUGUGAAUUCCUUCGCUAAGCAAUUUCAUCUCGCGAGCCAUCCUGUCCACCAGGCUGGUGCCCACCUUCAGACCCCAGCAAUACUUGCCGCUUGUCUGCUCGCCUGGCCGUGUCUGAACUAUCUUUCAUUGUGACACACGCCAUCUUCCGAUUUGUCGCUUACUAUUGAUCGUGGUUGUGCCUUGCCAUCCGAAUAUUUAUGUAUUGCAUGAACCGAAAUGUCGAGUCUCUUGCCCCAUGACGCCCUGGAGGCCUCAAGGAGGCGCCAGGACUGCCUCGGGCAGUCUCCAAAGGGUGCCCAAGACCACAGACACAAGUGCGACCCCAUCUCAAGUGGCCGACCGUGCCAAACCAUGUUGCCAGCCAUGCAGAUAUGUGGCGUCGCAGCUUGAUUUGAAACUGCAGUCAAGGCGCACUACCAUCUCGCACAUGGUAUAUGUUACAUCGCGUGCAAUCGUUUUCACCAUGCUAGAUAGGGCGUAUCGCCCUCUGAGUUUUCCUCGUCUUGAACGGAGGCUGAGGAGUUUCACCUGACACUUUGCGAACCCCGCUAAGGGCAGGACGGUGAGCGCCAACCCGAGAGGGCGCGCGACUUCAGACUGUUGCUCGACACCCGGAAGGCAGUUCUUUUGUUACAGCUCCUCCAGGAUGGUGCCUUCCCCGUCGGCCUACUCCCUCUCCUCCUCCUCCUCCUCCUCCUCCUCCUCCUCCGCCUCCCGCUACUGCCUAUGGUUGGGUCCUUCGCCAGGGUAGUGUUUAUUUUUAGAGUGGAGUUUAGGUUAUAUGUUACUGCGCGCAGCCUGGGCGGCCCUCUUCGCACAGCGCGGCGAUCCAGCCAGCCAGCACGGCACGAUAUCGCUGAUCGUUGUUCGGGGCGCACGUGGCUCGUUGGGGCAUGCGGGAAAGCGCACGCCCCAGCAGUGUACAGCAGCCUUGCGGCUCCGAGGCAUGGCCCGAGUCUCGACGCUGUAGUUCCAGACGAAUGCGCGACAAAUAUCGCGUCGUCUUUCUGACUUAGAGCAACAAAAGCCUCUCAGAGUCAACCGCGGGACGUCUUCCUGCCUUUUUUGUUGGAGCUGUGCUUGGCCGCGGCCACGCGUGGACCGCCUCCUCCUCCUCCUCCUUCUCCUUCUCCUUCUCCUCCUCCUCCUCCUCCGUCUCCUCCUCCUUGUCCUCGAGCCACUGCAGAAAGAGCAUGGGAAUCCAUGAGCGAAAGACGUGCUGCCGUUUUCCGGGUGGUGGUGUGUCCCCUGUCCCUUACAGUCCGAGGGCCUCGUCGCGGGGCGCCUCUGGCCCAGCCGAGGCCGAUCGUCCCUCGGCGGGUGCCCCUUGGGAGGCGCCUCCUGGGAGGCGCACCCUGCCGGCAGCAGAGGGGAGGCUGUCAAGUUGGCCUCAGAGGCAGCGCGACAGUGCCUCGGACCCCAAGGCAGAUGGAGAGGAA